AGGUGUUUGUUUGAAAAGAAAAACGAAAUUACUUACAACUGAAUUAGAAAUGUCUGUGGAGGAUGUUGAAGACAGCGAGUUAAGAGAUUUAGUUAUCCAGACGUUAGAAAAAAAUGGAAUACUUGGAAAAAUAAAGGCGCAACUUCGAGCCAGUGUUUUUUUAGCACUUGAAAAUGAAGAAAACUUCAAAGAUAAAAUACCUCUACGAAACAAAAAGUUGCAGGACUUCCUAGAAACAGAGGAAGGACUAUUAGCAACUGCUUUGGUUCGAGAAUUUCUAGAUUUUUUUGACCUCGAAUUUACUCUUGCAGUUUUCGAUCCUGAAGUCUCUGUGCUGAAGCAACUGCCAUUAAAGAAUGAGUUAUAUCAUAAGCUGAGAGUCACUCAAAAGGAUGAGCCUCUUCUAGCCACAAUACUGAAGUCAUCAGGAAAUAAUCAACCUGAUGAAAAGGAAGAUUCAAAGUCACAUUGUCAAAACAGUGACAGUCAGCCACAUUCCCAACAAUCAGAGAAGGUGAGUGUAGAAGAAAGGGAAAACGAGGAUCAUCAUCAACCUUUGUUUCUGGGGUCUGAGAAGAGUUUAAGUGGAUUAGACGACCCUUUUUUUUGAUGAACCACUACCUAAUGAGGACAAAGAAGAAGUUAUUUUUAGGGUUACAGCAAAAUUAGAUAAAUUUUCAGAUAGUGACAGAAGACGUGUACCACCUCUGAAAAAUACAACCGAAAGUGAGCUUGAGUUAUCAGCUGGGAAGAACUUGAAAACUGUAGUGACGGAGCCGGAAGGUAGUGACAUCUUCGAAAGUCAAGAAAAUAAAACUUUGCAGAAAAAAUUACCCGAAGAAAGUCAUGCUGGGAGUUUAUCAUCACUAAGAGACCUUCCUUCUCUUAACGAAAGUGGUGGGAUGAAACAAACUUAUCAGGAUUUUGAUAAAAAACUUCAAGACUUGGGAUUUGGUGAGCACACAUU